AAUGUACAAACACAACGUACAUGUACAUGUCCACAUAUUAUAUUUGUUGAGGAGUCGAGUCAUGUUACGUAAAUAGGCUAAGGAACUGAAGGUGUGACAUAAUUCGAGAGUUUCGGUUGAAAAUGGCGUCUCUUAGUGUUGUGAAAAGUUUCCAGCUUGCUUCCAGACAGGCGGCGUUGUUAUCGUUUCAGUCAGUGCGAACUGCGCAAGUUGCUGCCGCAACCAAGGCACAAGAAAGACUCAAGAAAUUCUCCAUCUACAGAUGGGACCCUGACAAGCCAGAUGACAAGCCACGGAUGCAGGAGUAUGAUGUGGACCUCAACACGUGCGGACCAAUGGUGUUGGAUGCCCUGAUCAAGAUCAAGAAUGAGAUUGACCCCACAUUGACCUUUCGUAGGUCGUGUCGUGAAGGCAUUUGUGGCUCUUGUUCCAUGAACAUCAACGGCUCCAACACUCUGGCUUGUAUUUGUCGGAUUGAUUCUAGCCUGAGUAAGCCAGUCAAGAUCUAUCCACUACCCCACAUGUACAUCAUCAAGGAUUUGGUCCCUGACAUGAAUAAUUUCUAUGCCCAGUAUCGCUCCGUCGAGCCCUAUCUGAAGCGAAAGGAAAAAGUGGAAUAUGGAAAAGAGCAGUACAUCCAAUCCAUUGAGGACCGGGCUAAAUUGGAUGGACUGUAUGAGUGUAUCUUAUGUGCUUGCUGUAGUACCAGCUGUCCCAGCUAUUGGUGGCACGGAGACAAAUACCUGGGACCAGCUAUCCUGAUGCAAGCUUACCGCUGGAUGAUUGACAGUCGAGAUCAUUACCAGACAGAGCGGAUUGCUAGGAUGCAGGAUCCUUUUUCUGUCUACAAGUGUCACACUAUCAUGAAUUGCACCGCUACGUGCCCUAAGGGUCUGAACCCGGCUAAAGCCAUCGCCGAGAUCAAGGUCUUGAUGAAGUCAUUUAAGAAAGAGGAUUUGAAGACUGCUGCCACCGCAUAGGUGUGGAGAUUGCUGGAGGCUAGUAAUGUAACUCCAUCUUUGGAUGGAAAUUAUGCCACUUAACGGUGAAAUUUUUUGUUUGUUUUGUUUCUUAAUGGGCAGGUAGGGGGACUUAUAAACCAGUUAGCCAUCAUAGUAUUUCGAAAAACUAGUCCAAAUAUUAAAUUGGAAUUCUCACCAAAACCAACGUUUUCAGUGUUUUCAGGGAUUUUUUAAGUCCCAGGUUUUAUGCCAAGUCAUGUAUAUUACUAGAAUGGCCUUCCAUCGUGAUUAAAACAGGAAAUGGAAAUAAAUUACAUCAUUAUUUAUGUAUGUAUAGACAAGUGAUGGUAAAAUUGCUUUCAUGUUUAUUUUGUCAGAAUUUUUUUCCCCAAUGAACUAUAACUGUAAAGGUUUUAAUCUACUACUUAUCCCAUUCAUUGUAACAGCACCCUUGUGUGAAAACUUCAACUCUUAUUAAAAAGUGUUCAUUUCUGGUUAUGUUAGAGUUGUAAUCCAUCAAAUCCCAUUGAAUUUUACAGUAGGUUUGGAUGGAUUUUGUAAGAUAUAGCACAGCCCUGAUUUUUGUGUGCUAGCUUAAGGCGGCCUUAAAAAGUACCACGAGCAUCACUUAUGGAGGAUUUGGGAGUUAGGGUAUACAAUGUACAUCAAAACGAGAGUUUGAUGUCCAAACUCAAAGUAGAAAAUGCUGAAGCAACUGCUAAGAAGGUCAUGUUCACUCAAAGGGUAAAUAAUGUUUCUAUGUAAUGGAAGGCUGUGAUGAUAUAGGCCCUGUCGGUUGCAUGCUUGUACAUGUAUUCUGGGAUUGUUACGGCCUGUAUAAAUGUAGGUACUUAGAGCAGUUGACAGGUUUUGGCCAGUUUGGUGAUAACACUGCUGGCAAUGAAGUGUUUCUAGCUUAAACAGCAUCCUUGUGUUAAAAUGUCAACUGUAAUUAAAGUUUUCAUUUUUGGUUAUGUUUCAGUCCUUAAUCCAUCAACUCCCACUGAAUCCUACAAUGGGUUUGGAUGGAUUUUGUAAGAUAUAGCUCAACCUUAAUUUCUGGCAGUGAAGUGUGAGUUGUGUGUAAUUUAAAGCCACAGUCAAAUGAUUUGGACACAGCCAUAUUUCUGUCCUUAACCGUACCUCAGAUACCCACUUCCUAUCCAAUUUGCAAUGUGUAUGCAGAAAGUACAAUAAAAUAUUUCUCCUUGGUUGAUCAACAUUUCAA